CGGAAAGGAGGGGAAAAUAAGUAUCCUAGUGUGCUUAAAAAUAUUUGUUCUACUUUGGAAGGAAUUGCAUAAAAGCGCGUUCACUGAAAGCCAAACUCAGCGAGUUUCACUUGCAAGCAACUAUUCUGCUUGGAGUACGAAACAUAUCCAGAAGAAGGUAACCACGGACGCACGACACUUUGGGAUUUAAUUUGGCUAUUUAACACACUUCUUGACAAAAGUGGUUGAUACAUUUCAGAGGACUGUCUUAAAGUCGCUGUUGGUGACUCGCAGCGCAGACUAGGAGGUGUGACGGUUCACUCAAAACAAUCUCGGCCCAAACAUCCAGACGGCGAGGAAGAAAGGAGGAAAGAUGAGCGGGGGAGAUGUGGUGUGCUCGGGCUGGUUAAGAAAAUCUCCUCCAGAAAAAAAGUUGAGACGUUACGCAUGGAAGAAGCGGUGGUUUGUUCUCCGCAGCGGCCGUCUCUCGGGCGACCCAGACGUGCUGGAGUACUACAAGAAUGAUCACGCCAAGAAGCCCAUCCGCGUGAUCGACCUCAACCUGUGUGAACAGGUGGACGCAGGGCUCACGUUCAACAAAAAGGACCUGGAGCACAGCUUCAUCUUCGACAUCAAGACCAUCGACCGCGUCUUCUACCUGGUGGCCGACACGGAGGACGACAUGAACAAGUGGGUCCGCUACAUCUGUGACAUCUGCGGCUUCAACCCCACUGACGACGAAGCGGCAAAGGCUGCCCAUCAGGCGGCCAGCGGUGGCUCUGUGGUGGACACGCCCCCUCACCCUGGCCUGGGGGGUCCUCCAGCCAUGCUGACCAACGUGCCCCCUCCAUACCAGCCGGUCAGCGUGCGCCACCUGGACUCAGAGUCCAGCCUGGACGAACCCCAGGACUACCUGUGGCUGGUCAACUGUGAGAGCAAGAAGCCAGAGCCCAACAGCUCUGUGACUCCUCUACCCCCUACUCCUCUCCCCCAGGAGUACCUCCUCCUAGAGGAGUGUGAGAGCAAAGGGGCUCCUUCUCCUCCCCAGGUUAAUCAAGCCCACGCCGAGUGUUCCAAGUCGACCUCGUCGGAGACGGACCUGAAUGACAACGUCCCCGCCCACCGCACGCCAACCUCCACUAGCUCCUCCUCUAAGCACGCCAACGGCUUCUUCUCCUCUGUCCUGCCCCCUCACCCCUCCUCCGCCUCCUCCAUCUAUGACUCUCCGCCUUCUCGCGGAGGCGACCUCUCCUCCAGCCUCUACCACCUCCCCCGCUCCUACUCCCAGGACACUGUGCUCCUUCCCAAGUCGGCCUCCGCCUCCUCGCCCCCCGUCCCGGUCGACGGCGACGCCCCGGAGCUCUACGUCUUCAACGCUCCCUCGCGGAAGGCCUCCGUGGAGACUCAGAUGAGGAACCUGUCGGUUAGCUACGAUAUUCCUCCCACACCAGGCAGUAACUGUACCUAUCAGGUGCCUCGAGGUCCAGCGAGUGGUGGGUCUGAGGGUGGGGAUGGGAUGCCUCCGCCCCGGCCCCCCAAGCCUUCCCUCAGCUCCCUGACCCCGGGGCACCCGCCACCCCCCGCGGAGCGCUCACCCACGGACACGUACUGUGUGCCGCGCUCCAUGUCGGAGACGGACGGGAACUACUGCGUGCCCACCAGCGCCGGGAACAAGGCCCUGAGGAGCAACACCAUCGGCACCAUGGACUCAUCACGCCUCAGGAAAGAUGUGGGCUCCCAGGACUGUUACGAUAUCCCUAGGACGUUUCCCUCUGACAAGAGCUGCUCGUUUGACUUCAACGAAAGCUUCAACAGCUACUUGCCUGCCUGUCUCUCUGCCCCCCCCCCACUCCAGAAAAACAAAGGCAUGAUGCCAGUGGGCAGCCAGUCCAUGGAGGAAGUUGACCAGAACUACGUACCCAUGAACGCCAACUCCCCGUCCCACCACCGCUCCGGCAGCCUGUCGGGCUGUGAACCCAUCAUGGAACCCAACUAUGUCCCCAUGACCCCGGGCCCGGGCACCAUAGAGUUCUCCCUGGGCAAGCAGGUUCCCCCGCCGGCCCACAUGGGGUUUCGCUCAAGCCCCAAUACCCCACCCCGCAGGCCCAUGCUCAUCAGCGAUUGUCAGCCCCCGCCCGUGGACCGCAACCUCAAACCGGACCGCAAAGGUCAGAGUCCUAAAAUAAUAAGAGCAAAGGGGGUUGGUUUAGAGCGAACCGACUCUCAGACCGUAGGGGAGUUCCCAAGACGACGCAAGGCCAAGCCCGCCCCUUUGGAGAUCAAGCCCCUACCUGAGUGGGAGGAGUCAUCGGCGCCCGUCCGUUCGCCUGUCACCAGGUCUUUUGCUCGGGAUCCCUCCAGGUUCCCCAUGCCCCCCAGGCCUCCCUCGGUGCAUAGCACCGCCUCCAGCACCGACUCCGAGGACUGUGAUGAGAAUUAUGUAGCCAUGGUCUCUAAGGCAGACGAACUAAACAUGAAGCUGGGUGCGUCCAUGACGGCGGACGGGGGGAGCAGCCCAAUGGUGAAGCCCAAGGGAGACAAGCAGGUGGAGUACCUGGACCUAGACCUGGACCCCGGCAAGUCUACCCCACCACGGAAGAAGAAGAGUAAUGGGAUUGGUCUGGCGGUGUCAGAUGAGCGGGUGGACUACGUGGUGGUGGACCAGCAGCGGACGCAGGCCCUCAAGAGCACCCGGGAGGCCUGGAACGACGGACGCCAGUCCACAGAGACAGACACCUCCACCAAAGGGCCCAAGUGACCCCCAGCUCACCCAGCUACAGCCCCACGCUGCUGGGCCGCAGACAUUACUCCAAGCCCGGGCGCGGUCCCCGGCCUUCACCUCCUCCACUUCCUCCAGACUCCUAGUGCCGAAGUGAAGGGGCCGGCGGACCUCCAGGGUCUCUGAACUGUCUUUAGUUUACACUGCCAUCAGUCAGUCUGAGGACAGAACAGCGACAGCACAGCGCCCCUCUGUGGCAGACAGGGGGUAUGUGCCAGGAAUAAGCUGAAUGCAAGUAGGUUUGAUUGAUGCAGUCCUCACCUGCCUGAUAUGGGGACUCUGUAAAGACAUGACCACAUCCACAAAGACUUGGAGUCUGGAACACUUACUGCCACUUAUGGUGGAUUUCAGUUGACAUUUUUCCUCUAGUUGGUUGGAGAAUGACCAGGAGAAGACUUAAAGACAUUUCCUUUAUGAUUAAAUCACAACACUGUGGGACACUGUCUGGAGUCUGUUUUGGGAGACAAUGAGUCAUCUCUCAGAAUCAGAAUGCUUAGUGUCUACUUAAUACUUUACUGCCAAGGUUGCCUAGUUUUGCUGGUAGGAAAUUGGGCCAUUUUUCUCUUGUACAGGUCUAACAUUAUCCAAAACAUUGUAAGAGAGAGAACUAGGUUUUCUUAGUGAAAGACUUGUUGUGAAUGCAAGAAAAUAGAAUACAAGUAAGUUUUUCAACUGACCAAGUGCUCAAUCAAAGGUUUGGAUUCACUGAAACAACGUCAUUUAAUCGACUGAGAAAUGUUUUAAAUCCUCGUUUAGUGGAAGAGGAAACGGCUUGACAUUUGCAAAACAAAAAGACUGUACAAAGUGUUAUGUAUAUAAACAGAAAGUGUCCUUUAUUCAACACUAUAUACGGUGUGUGGUAAUUCUGCAGGGUGGAAUUCUAUACGCCUCUCCGAGAUGGUAUCGGGACAUGUGAUAUGAAAUGACAGAAUCAACUGUGACCGCUUUUAACGGGAAGCUCACCCGACACUUUCUGUGAGUUAUGCAACGGUGUCAGACGUAGGUUUAUAGAAGAGAGAAAUCAGGUACUCAUUCAAAUACUAAUAACAGCUAUUUCCAUUUCUAAUUUAUUUUGAGUUAUCUCAACGAUAGAUGUCCAAGUAAUAAUCUAUAAACCAACAGAUUUGAUGCUAUAGAGCAAAGUGCUGUUGAAAAUGCCUUCUCAACGAGCGCCAGUCAAUUUGUUUCAGGAGUUUAUUAUUGUGAUGGCGUGUCGAUUUCAUUUAUCUCUCUUAGGUUUUAAUUUAUUUCAAGAGGAUUUACACACACACACACACACCUUCUGGGAUCUGAUGUAUGUAUGUAUGUAUGCCUUACGAUCUACUUUACUUGAUAUGUAUUUGUAAAUAGUGAGAAUUUGUGAUGUUUUACCUAAAAAGAAAAUACUUCAGAAUCGUAGUGUUUUUUUUUUCAUGACGACUAUUGGCUUUACUAACUUUCCAGGGACCCUAUUCACAGUGUCUGAGUAGGAGUGCAGACGCCGGUUUCCCGAAAGCAUCUUAAGGCUAAAUUCAUUGUUAGAACCAUAGGAUCCUACGGUUCUAAUGAUGGGAACCUGGCCCUGGUUUAGGAUCAGGUCUCCACUGUUCAUGUAAUCUUAGUCAUUGUAAAAGGCAAAACAACUGAUUCUAGAUCAGCACACUUACACUGAGAUGCUUCAUGAACACAGGCCCAUUUCUCUCAAGUCCUAAGCAUGUUUUACCAGGAGAAUUAGUCUUUGCUGUAUAUAUUUGCACCAACUAUUCCAGCAUGUAUCAUUUGAAUUGAAAAACUGUGCCUGUACUGUCAUUUCCAUACUACUUAAUUCUCACCAUCCCAUUGCAGCUUUGUCUGUCUCGAGACCAACUGCAAAACGUUGAUGCUUUUAUCUUUUUUUGAAUGAAUCAAAAGAGAAACAUUUCCAUUUGAAAGUAAACUAAAUAAAAACAA